CCCCUUCUCUUGAUAACCCACGUAACCUAGAGCAACAGUCGAGUCAAAAGUCGAUCGACGCUUUGUCCACGAUUCUUGGUUGUUGCAGUCACGACAAGUCGCCUACUAUUUUCAACUCAGUCCCCAUGAGUUGAAUAUUGGCUGCUCCGCUGCGCGACCUCAAACACAGCCUUGCAAAGGGCACAUCAAUCAGCUCACUGUAGUCGUUGCCGUGCUCAAUAUGGAAGAUCGAGCGGCUCGAGAGGCUGCGAGCGGUUAUGGCAACGUCAUUGAUCUUACGGGAGAUGCUCCAAGCCAGACACACCAGGCUGCACUCAGUCAAUCGACAAGCGAUGAAGGCUUUAGCAUCACUGGCUCGAACGCCACUGUUCCUCUGCGAGGUCCUCCAACAGGCGCACCGACCGCGGCCAGCACCUCUUCGUCCAGCAGCAAUAAGGGCCCCGUGCCGCGGGCAGGUGGCUACAAGCCCACUGCGCAGCCCAAAGUUCAAAUGAUAGAGACGCUGGCACGUACCCCUCUCGUUCCUCAGCAAGCCAAUGGCUCGACUGUGCCAAGAGGUGCGGAAGGAACAGCAAGUGACGUGCCCAAGCACAGCAGAAUAGACUUGGCUUCCGAAGCAGCUCGCAGAGCCAUGGAGCACAUUCGAACUCAAGUUUUGGGUCGGCCAGCUUCCAACUCUCAGCCUCAAUCAACGCCUUGGUACUCUGCGGGAGAGCCCAGCGCAGCAACAGCGGGGGAGCAGCUGGCUGAGGACGCAUUAGGGCAGCAAAUGACGGCGUCGCAGCGAGACGAAUAUUUGCAGAAGAGCAUCAACGCAAUGAUUGAUCAAGCUACAGAGCUGGGCGACAUCGACAUGAGCCAAGCCGAAGUGAAGGGACUGAAGUGCAAGUUGAUGCCACACCAAGUGCAGGGCCACAAUUGGCUCAAGCUGAGAGAAGAGGCUGAAUUUGCCGGAGGAAUCUUGGCUGACGACAUGGGCCUUGGCAAAACCGUCCAAAUGCUGGCUCUCGUCGUUUCUGCCCGCGAGGCAGAGCAUGCGAUCAAGCAGGAGGGCGGUAAGACGGCAGAGACAGAGUCUGCAGUCAUCGUGCCGCCCGCAAAAACCAAAUCUGUGCCAGUCAAAAGCACCAUCAAAGGUGUCAAGACUGCGCAUGAGCUUGCAAUGGCAGAGGCGAAGAAUUCUCGCUCGACUCUGAUCGUUGCGCCCUUGGCGGUGGUCAAGCAGUGGGAGAGCGAAGCAAGGGAGAAGACGGAAGGCCUGCGCACCUUGAUCCAUCACGGCCCAAGCAGAACGAAACACGCCAUCGACUUCUCUGGGUACGACAUCGUCAUAACGACGUACACGACGAUGGGUGCCGAAUAUGAGAACUUCGAAGGCAAUGAAGGCAGAGGCAAACCAAAGGCCGCCAAGAAGAAAGGUGGGGCAGCUCAAGAGGCAGCCAACAAAGAUUCGGACUCCACCGCAUCAGGCUCGUCAAGCUCAGCUAGCGAUUCUGAGGACGAUGGUCGUGCGCCACGCAAGAACGCUGCCAGACCGCGCAAGGCGCCUGUCGCUAGGUCGGUGAAGAAAGCAGCUCCGUUGUUCUACCACACUUGGCGACGCAUCGUCCUCGACGAGGCGCAGCAUAUCAAGAAUCGUAACGCGAGAUGCAGCAAAGCCGCCUUCCAGCUGUCCACGCGGGCGCACUCCAAGUGGGCCUUGACCGGGACACCCAUCCAGAACGAUGCCUACGAAAUGUUCAGCCUCAUUCACUUUUUACAGAUCCCGCCUUUCGAUAAUUUUCAGCAUUUCAAAGAAAAGAUUGGCGAGCCUGUCAAGAGCUCAAAUCAGAACCGAGUCAAUUGGGGGAUCAAGAGACUGCAAGUCGUACUGCAGACCAUCAUGCUGAGGCGUACAAAGGAUGUCGCGGGUCUGGACGGCAAGCCCAUCAUACCGCUUCCUGAUCGUCACAUCGAUGUCAUCAGCAGCAGCUUUGACGACGAAGAAGAGCAGAAAUUCUAUCACAGAUUGCAGGCCAAGAUGAAAGACGACUUCAGCGAAGACAAUCAGGCGAGUGAUGGAAAAUUCGAUCAGAUGGGUGCUCUAGUAGCUCUACUGCGUCUGAGACAAGCCUGCAAUCACCCAGCUCUGUGUUCGAAGAAGGUCGCGGCCGACGCAGUGCAGCCCGCGCCAGCCGCAAAGGAUGCUGGCGAGGGCGAAGAAAGCGAAGCAGAAGAUGCAGAUGCUCUUGCCGAUCUCAUGUCGGGCCUGGCAGUGGAACGUAAAUGCGAAAUGUGUCGCGAGACGCUGCUGCCUGGUGCCUCUUCUGGAAAGCUCUGUGCUGCUUGUGAUGAUGCUGUAAAGGAACAGCAGCGGCGCGGGGUUACGUGGACCGAGGGCGGCGUCGGCAGCACCAAAAUCAGAAUGAUGCUCGGCAUAUUGGACAACAUCAAGCGAUCCACCUCUGCGACCGGGACUGAGAAGACCAUCAUCUUCAGCCAGUUCACGUCUUUUCUGGACCUAGUGGAACCCUUUUUGAAGCAGAACAGGCACAAGUUUGUGCGGUACGAUGGGUCUAUGAAACCGGCCGAACGCGAAGCCAAUCUGCAUAGCUUGAAGACGGACCCUACCAUCACUGUCGCUCUCAUCUCCUUCAAAGCGGGCUCUACAGGUCUGAACUUGACAUGCUGCAACCAUGUGGUCCUCUGCGACUUGUGGUGGAAUCCUGCGCUAGAGAUGCAAGCGUUCGACCGAGCGUGGCGCUUUGGCCAGACGAAGGACGUCAAAGUUUACAAGCUGGUCAUCAAGGAUACGGUCGAGCAACGCAUCUUGGUGCUGCAAGAUGCAAAGAGACAGAUUAGCUCGGCCGCACUGGAGGGUUCUAAACUGAAGAAAGGGGGCAACAAGCUCAGCAGGAAGGAAUUGUUCUACCUCUUCAGUGGGAGCGAUGUCGCUUGAUUCUCCUUCCUUUUGCAAUUUAUUUUCUGCUCUUCGCUCUUGCGCUUUAUCAUGCGAGCUACACAGGCUGUACAGUACGCCCCUUUCUCGAUACAACUUCACCAUCAUCCCCACACGCCUCUUGCCAUCAUUCGUGUUCAAAAUUACAA